AUGCAGAUCGAUGCAGGACUGGGACAAGUGGUUGCAACGGACACAAGUCAAAUCCCCUACUACCUGGUAGGUGAUGAAUGGAUCCGCCUGCCUGGUUCCCUGAAGCAUAUCACUGUGGGACCAGCAGGGAUCUGGGGUGUCAACAAGGGAGAUUCAAUCUACAAGUAUGUGGCCGGUAACUGGGUGCAAGCUGCAGGUAAGUAGAGGGCAUUGCUCAAUAUUUAUCCAUAGGACACCUACUUUCAGUGGCGGAAAAAGUACUCAAUUGUCAUACUUGAGUAAAAUUAAAGAUACCUUAAUAGAAAAUGACUCAAGUAAAACUGAAAGUCACCCAGUAAAAUACUACUUGAUCAAAAGUCUAAAAGUAUUUGGUUUUAAAUAUACUUAAGUAUCAAAACAAAAUGGAAUUAUUAAUAUGUACUUCAGUAUCAAAAGUAAAAGUAAAAGUAUAAACCAUUUCAAAGUCCUUAUAUUACAUUUUUUUACGGAUAGCCAGGGGCACACUCCAACACUCAGACAUAAUUUACAAAGGAAGCAUUUGUGUUUAGUGAGUCCGCCAGAUCAGAGGCAGUAGGGAUGACCAGGGAUGUUCUCUUGAUAAGCGUGUGAAUUUGACAAUUUUCCUGACAAAAUGUAACAAGUACUUUUGGGUGUCAGGGAAAAUGUAUGGAAUAAAAAGUACAUUAUUUUAUUUAAAGGUAAAAGUUUUGCAAAAUAUAAAUAUUAAAGUAUAGUACAGAUACCCCCAAAAACGACUUAAGUACUUUACACCACUGUCUACUUCUUAUCUUUCCUGAUACCAUCACGGUGUUGAAACAUGAUUCAUUGUUUUCUUGUCUGUCUUUGUGGUCUUCAGGCCUUCUGAAGCAGGUGGAUGCUGGGGGUAACCAGUUUAUUGUGGGGGCUAACAUGAACGAUACUCCGUACUGUCUGACAAGUAGUGCCACAGUUGGCUACAAGGGUCCAGGUUCACCCAUUCCAUGGACAGGAUUGCCAGGAGCUGUGAAGUACUACAGUUGUGGACCCUUUGGGUGCUGGGCAGUCAACAAGAAUGAUGAUAUCUACUUAAUGAGUGUAAGAUCUGGGAAAGAGUGUGAGAUCUGGAGUAGAGUAGUAUAGUGUGGAGAGUCUGUUAUUUUACAACUGUAGUAUUAUAACUGUAGAAAUGGUCCUAAAACCCUGAUUGUAUCUGUUUGUUUCCAGCUGAAUCAAGACUGCCAAGACAAGGGGUGGAGUCACAUUGGCGGCAAGCUUUCCAUGAUUGAGGUGGCAACUGAUGGUAGUGUCUUUGGGGUCAACUCUGUGGGUGAUGUUUAUACCAGGUAA